AUGGUUUAUUCGGUUAUUGUGCUUACCCUACGCCCCAGAGUGGAUGUCUCUAUCGAAGGGAAAGCGUCGGAAUUAAAUUACGGAAAAGUUGUGCAGGGAGACUUACAGGCGAAGGAAGCGAUUGCCUGCCUCCCUUGCCCCCAUUCAUUUUCAGUUUCUUCUCUGAUUCAAUUUCAGUUUUUACAAGUUGAGAGAAUUUCAAGCGAAAGCAGCAGAAGCAGCCGGUGGAGAAGGAAUGGGGGUGCUCUCAAACAAGAUCCAGAGGGAUCAACUCAGACCUGGAGAUCAUAUUUAUUCCUGGAGGCGCGCCUACCUCUAUGCCCAUCACGGGAUAUAUGUCGGUGAGGGAAAGGUUAUCCACUUCACUCGGGGAGCUGGCCAGGAAAUUGGCACAGGAACUGUGUUAGACCGCAUCAUUUUCAGCUCCUCCCCAUCCCAUUCCCCGGACAAUCCCUGCCCAAAAUGCGGUGAUCAAUCAAGUCUUGAUGGUGUCAUGUCUUCUUGCAUAGAUUGUUUUCUAUCUGGCGGUGAUCUCUACCUCUUUGAAUAUGGUGUCAAUGCUGCUUUCUUUAUUGCCAAAGCUAGAGGGGGUACCUGUACGCUUGCCGCGUCUGACCCACGACAAGAUGUCCUUCAUCGUGCUUUUUAUCUUCUCCAGAAUGGUUUUGGUAGUUAUGACAUUUUCAAAAACAACUGUGAAGACUUUGCAAUAUAUUGCAAAACAGGUUUGCUCGUGUACACUAGCAUUAGUGUGGGCAGGAGUGGACAGGCUGCUUCCUUUUUAGCAGCUGCAAGUGCUGUUAUUUCUUCACCACUUCGAUUUUUGACUACUAGUUUUACUGGUCUGGGUGCUGUUGGUUGCGGCAUGUAUUGUGUUAGCCGAUUGGUUUCUGAUAUCGGAAUACGUCGUGAUGUUAUAAAAAUUCCAGUGGAGAGACUUACUGCUCCGCUUGGCCUAGAUGAGGCAGAGUUUGCGACUGAAGUGGUCAAGACAGAUUAAUUUGUGUGCAUAAACCGAAGUUGUAUGGCUUGAAGGGGUUUCUGUUGAUUGUUGUAUCAUGCAUGGAGUGUUUCCAUGAACAUUUUAUGAUUGCUUGUAUUAAGGCGGACGUUGCCUUGAUCAAUGUGCCUGCUCUUCUUUUGAACCUUUUUUUUUUCCAGAAAACAUAUGCUCUUCGUUUUAUAACCA